AUGGGCGAGUACUCGAAAGCACUUUCAUCGUACGAAAGAUCACUUGAAAUCCGAAAAAUAGCUCUCCCUCCGAAUCAUCCCUCCUUGGCUAGUUCCUAUAACAACAUCGCGUCAGUGUAUGAUAACAUGGGCGACUACUCCAAAGCACUUUCAUCGUACGAAAGAUCACUUGAUAUCCAAAAAAUAGCUCUCCCGCCGAAUCAUCCCGACUUGGCUACUUCCUACAACAACAUCGCUAUGGUGUAUUCUCACAUGGGCGAGUACUCGAAAGCACUUUCAUCGUACGAAAGAUCACUUGAAAUCCGAAAAAUAGCUCUCCCUCCGAAUCACCCCUUAUUGGCUACUUCCUACAACAACAUCGCUAUGGUGUAUGAUAAAAUGGGCGAGUACUCGAAAGCACUUUCAUCGCUAGAAAGAUCACUUGAAAUUCUCAAAAUAGCUCUCGCUCCGAAUCAUCCUUUGUUGGCUACUUCCUACAACAACAUCGGAGGGAUGUAUAAUAACAUGGGCGAGUACUCGAAAGCACUUUCAUCGUACGAAAGAUCACUUGAAAUCUUCAAAAUAGCUCUCCCUCCGAAUCAUCCCUCCUUGGCUACUUCCUAUAACAACAUCGGUAUGGUGUAUUCUCACAUGGGCGAGUACUCCAAAGCACUUUCAUCGUACGAAAGAUCACUUGAAAUCCGAAAAAUAGCUCUCCCUCCGAAUCAUCCCUCGUUGGCUAGUUCCUACAACAACAUCGGUAUGGCGUAUUCUCACAUGGGCGAGUACUCGAAAGCACUUUCAUCGUACGAAAGGUCACUUGAAAUCUUCAAAAUAGCUCUCCCUCCGAAUCAUCCCGACUUGGCUACUUCCUACAACAACAUCGCUAUGGUGUAUGAUAACAUGGGCGAGCACUCGAAAGCACUUUCAUCGUACGAAAGAUCACUUGAAAUCUCCAAAAUAGCUCUCCCUCCGAAUCAUCCCGACUUGGCUACUUCCUACAACAACAUCGGAGGGAUGUAUAAUAACAUGGGCGAGUACUCGAAAGCACUUUCAUCGCACGAAAGAUCACUUGAAAUCCGAAAAAUAGCUCUCCCUCCGAAUCAUCCUGACUUUGCUCAAUCCUACAACAACAUCGCUAUGGUGUAUGAUAACAUGGGCGAGUACUCGAAAGCACUUUCAUCGUACGAAAGAUCACUUGAGAUUUUGAGAAAGUCGGUGCCUUCUACUCAUCCUCAUUUGGUACUUGUGAAAGGAAACAUUGAAGAUUUAAGAAACAGAUUUUAG